GCCAUAUUGCCAAGUUAUGUCAAAGUGCGUUAUGCGAGUUGUUUUGGAUUUCGUUGCAGUUAAUUGUACUUAUUUUUGAAAUUCAGAGGCUUUUGUGAUACUGUUUGCCCAAAUUGAAGAAUAUUAUUACGGUGUCUUGUGCUCUAAGGAGUUGUGCAAGUCGGACUGAAGUGGAUAAAAAGAAUACAACAAAAAAAACUUUCUAUAGGUUAGCAUAAACAUAUUACAGAGGCGCACCUAGAUUCCCUAUAAACGCUGACUGUUGCCAACUUUGGGUGAAAUUUGUUAAGGGGUGAAUGGACACCUACAAGAUCUAAUGUUAUUUGCUCGAAACAUUUUUCUGAGGAGUCAUUCGAUAGAACAUCAAAAUGUUAUGUUAAUCUCAAAUCAAAUGCUGUUCCGACAAUACAUCCAAACCAUGUUUGAAGAAUCACCACCUGCCAAGAUACUAGUACUAGCAAAUACAGUAUUAAGACCUACUUUCGACUCACUCCUUCUACAGAAACAAGUAGUUAGUAUAAGACAUCAUAGCAAUAAGCUUGUAUUAUUUAGAGGGCAGUAAUCAAUUAAUCUGUAAUCUAUGUAUUUAUGUAAUAAAGAUUAUUUCC